AUGGCGGACGCGGGGGCGCUGCGGGAGCAGGCAAAGGAGCUGAUGGCGCGGCGCGACAAUCUCGAGGCGCAGAUCAACGCGAUCGCUGCGAGAUUGAACGCGCCUGGAGGAGGCGGAACCAACGAGAGCCUGGUGGAUAAGGAGGGCUUUCCGCGUGCCGACAUUGACAUUCCUCGAGUGCGCAGCGACCGGCACCGCCUUGCAACGCUCCACACGGACCACAAGCAGCUGACGGGUCAGAUCGAGGCGCUGCUGGUGCAGAUUCACUCGCAGGCCAAACCCAGGGAAAGCACACGGCCAAAGGCAGAAGCUUCAGCCUCCACUCCUCCAUCAGCAAAUGCCACUGCCGCUGCCACUCCUGGUGCUGGCACUGCCGCUGCCAGCCCCACUGCAGCUGCUGCUCCCGAUGCUGCUGUCUCUCCUUCCAUAUCUGCUUCUGCAGCAGCACCACUCCCUUCCAUAGCAGCGUCCUCUUCCUCCACGCCCUUCGCGGUGGUGGAUGAGGUGACACCUGGCAGCCCAGCAGAGGUCGACGGCGUGAGACUGGGAGAUAGGCUUCUCCGCUUUGGCUCUGUCGCUGCUGGUGCUGCUGGUGACUUAACAGAAGGAAGGGAAGGGGGAGAGGGGAGCAGGGCGGUCGCAGGGGCUGAGUUGCUGAAGCAGGUGGCUGCAGAGCUGCAGGGAAGUGAAGGGAGAGGGGUGAGCAUGACAGUGCUGAGGGCCGGGAAUGUUGUCGAGCUGGUGGUGACUCCGCGACGAUGGGGCGGACGCGGGUUACUCGGGUGCCACCUCUCGCCCUGGAGCCUCCGUGCCCUUUUUAGGGUUUCCCUCCCUCGCUUGCGAGGGUUCUCCCGCUUGUUGAAAGCUCCUCGCGCACUCGAUCUCCUUGAAGCGCGUUUGGUGCGUUGGAUUCGUUACUUGUUUCAGUGCACCGCCGCCGUCGCCGUCAUCGUCGUCGCAAAAAUAUUGUCUGAAUCCCGCGAGGUGAUCAGUAUGGCGGGGCCGGUGGUGAAGGAGGGAGCGCGGCUGUUCCAGGGCGUGGAGAAGGACUCGCUCGCCUUCAAGCUCAUGAAAAACAUGGGCUGGGAGGAGGGCAAAGGGCUGGGGAAGAACGGGCAAGGCAUCGCGACUCACGUGCGCGUGACGAAGAAGUUCGACACGGCAGGCGUGGGGAUCGCGGAGGCGAAGAAGGAGUCGUGCAAUUGGUCCGUCAAUACCGCCGUCUUUGACGACCUUCUCAAGCGCCUCAACGUGGCAGUCAACGAUGGCAAGAGUCGUCAGCUGCAAGCAUCUGACUCUUCUCCCUCCGACUCCUCUGAUGACGAGUCCGAUGAGAGCAGAAGCUCAGGCGAGGGCGAGGGGGAGGGGGGGGUGAAGAUGAAAAAGAUGAAGAAGAUGAAGAAGAGCAAGAAAGAGAAGAAGGAGAAGGAGAAGCGGAAGCAGGCGGAUGAGGAGACAGAGUUGCCGAAACGGCAGAAGCUUGUGCGACCGCAGGGAAGGUAUCACCGCAGGGAGGCAGGCAAGUGCGUCAAGUCCUACUCUACCAACGACCUCUCCGCCAUUCUGGGUGCCGUCCCCACGUCGUCCCCUCCUGCGCCGCUCACGCCUCGCCUCGAACCAACGGCUACUGCAUCUCCCUCCACUCAGUCACUCACCCCUCCCACCACCCCACCUGCCGCCAACGCGUCUACUCCCACAGUGCUUACAGCAGCGGCAGAUGAAGCAUCAGCCCCCGCAGCAGCAGCGCCAGCAGCAGGGCGGGUACAGAAGCGGGUGGUGAAAUCCGCUUCUGAUACUGCUCUCUGCCACAGCAACAGCAGCGCUACAGGGUUGAAAAAGAAAGCUGCCGGAGCGGCAGGUUCGGCUGAGCCUAAGAAGGGCGGUUUGCUGGAGCUGGAGUGUCAGAAGCAGUUUGUCUUUCCGCCGCUGCCUGCCGAUUGGUGGGGCUCGAGGUUCGGGUUCGUGCGCGGGUCAGGCUCGGGAGCCGGGCGGCUGACGAACGAGGGAGGGGAGGAAGAUGGGGAGAAGAAGGCAGGGUUUAGCGAGCAAGACCAGGAGAAUCUGUACAACCUCGUGCAUGAUCAUGCGACGAGCGGCAAGCAGGGGUUGGGCAUUGGGGACCUGCCGCGGAAGGUGGCUGGGGCGCGAUGGAAGGGCACCAAACAGACGUUUGAAGACCUUGAGGAGGUUAGCGAGGAGGAGGAGAACGAGGAGGAUGGGAAUGAGAGCGAGGAGGAGCAGGAAGGGGAGGAGGUGGUGGAGGAGGGAAGAGGGGAAGAGGGGAGCAGGGAUGUUGGUGGUGCAGCCGUGGGCGCAGAAGGGGUGGCAUUGGCACAUGUUGCUGAUUCUGUCGCUGCUUCUGCGGAUGUGGAUGCAGGGAGGGGUGAUGGUGCUGGGUUAGCGGAGCAGGAGGGGGGAGAAAGGGAUGGGAAGAGCAAGAAGCGGAAGAGGGAGGAGCGGUCAAAGAAAGACAAGGGCGGGAAGGUAGCUGCGGAGGGCGAAGCAGUUCCAGGAGUUGCAGAGAGGCGGAGAGCGGUGAUUGGAAAGAGAUGGCAGCACAAAGAGAAGGCUGUGAAAGAAGAGGUGAAAGAGGAGGGGAUUGGUGCAGAGGAGAAGGGAAUGGAAGGAAGGGCAGGUGGCAGCAGGAAGAGGUUGAAAAAGGGUAGCAGCUCUGGCAGUGAUGCGGCUGACGGCUCAAAAGAUGGAGUUGCGUUGAAGACUCGAGUGAAACGCGCUGUCAAGAAGGCUCUGCAAAAGCAGGAGGGAGAGGCAGGAGUGGCGUUGGCCUCUCUGCGGGACACAGUGGGGCAGCAGCUGGAGCUGAGCAAAGCAGAGAGGAAGCAGCUCGUCAAGAUCAUGGACACCAAGUUGCCUGGAUGGGCUUUUGUCAGUGAUUCAGCCAUGGCGUCCCUCGCGCGCAUCCUCUCAGCAGUGGUGUUCGCGGUGCUGACGAUGGUGCAGGCGUUGGGGCUGCUGUUCAUGAUCUACUGGAAGCAGGAGCUCGCGUUCAGGGCUCCACCCGUCACUGAAUCUGACGGCAUUCUUGCCGAAUUUAAGCGCGCGUGCCUCGAAUCCGAGAGCGACUGCCCGGUUCUCGGGAAGGGAUUCUUCUUCGGCCUCGCCACGGCGCCUGCACACGUGGAGGACCAGCUCGAUGACGCGUGGCUGCGAUUCGCUCGGCGCGGAAGCAACGAGAAGCACGACCGAGGGCCUGUUCGGGCGUGGCACAACGUGCCCAAGCCUGAGCAGCGGCUUCGGUUCUGGACCGAGCCUGAGGUGGAGGUGGACCUGGCGGCGCAAGCAGGCGUGGAGGCCUUCCGCAUGGGCGUUGACUGGGGGAGGGUUGUUCUGCGCGAGCCACAGGGGGGGAAGAUGGAGAUUGACCAUGCAGCAGUGGCGCGCUACAAGGAGAUAAUGGCGCUGGUGCGGGCGAGGGGCAUGCGCGUGAUGCUCACGCUCUUCCACCACUCGCUGCCCUCCUGGGCCGAGCCCAUUGGCGGCUGGACUAGUGCGACUCUUGUUGGGCACUUCGACUCCUGGACCCAGCUGGCAGUGAGGGAGUUCGCCCCACUGGUGGACUACUGGGUGACGUUCAACGAGCCGCACCUCUUUGUCAUCCUCACCUACUGCAUGGGCGUGUGGCCGCCCGGCAAGGCGCCCUCACUGCUACAAUCGGCGCUCUGCAUGUCGCCCGUGGGGCAGUACAGCCAGGCCAUGCACCACAUUGGGGAGGCUCACAUCGCUGCCUUCAAGACAAUUAAGAAAGGGAGCGCAGCCCCAGUGGGCAUCGCAGCCAACACGGCAUUUAUGACGCCCUUCAGCGCACUAGACGUCGUGGUACCGCUCUACAUCGAUUGGAUGACGCUCUUCCCCUGGGUCGACCACAUCCAGCACCACCUCGACUUCUGUGGCCUCAACUACUAUGGCCAGGAGUUCAUGUCAACAGCAGGUCUUCAAAGUGUCGAGGAAGAGGAAUUCUCCGAAGCAGGCCGUGCAGUCUACCCUGACGGCUUCUACCGCAUCCUCAUGGCCUUCCACCGCCGCUACUCGCCCCGCCACCCCAAGCUGCGCUUCAUUGUCACGGAGAACGGCUUUGCCGACACUGAGGAUAACAUCCGCCGCCCGUAUCUCAUCGAGCACCUGCUGGCGCUGAACGCGGCCAUCAAGGAGGGCAUGCCCAUAGAUGCGUAUUUCCACUGGACCAUCAGCGACAACUGGGAGUGGGCGGACGGCUAUUGCCCCAAGUUCGGCCUGGCAGGCGUUGACAGGGCGUCCCCCAACCUCACGCGCGUGCUGCGCCCUUCGUACGGGCUCUUCAAGGAGAUCGUGGAGACACGGCGGGUGACGGCGCAGCAGCGGGAGGAGGAGUGGGGGCAGCUGCAGCAGCGGGCGCAGCGCGGCGAGCAGCGUUCCUACUGCCGCGCCGUCGAGCCCAGUGGUCGCAUGGGUGCUGAUUCCCUUGACUCGCCCACAACGCGGGUCAUAGCCACCAAGGACUGGCGCUAUGGCGAGUACAGGCGCCCCAAGGCAGCAGUGAUGGUGAAGCAGGAAGGCGAAGGUGAGGCUCCUGACGAGCCUUCGAAAGAUGCGCCCGCGCGAACAGGCCUGGAUUUCUUGCGCGCGGCUCACGCAAACCCUUCGCCUGUGGUUACGCCAGGCCCGUCAUCUUGCAGCAAAGGAAAGGACAUUGUGUCCGUGCCGACUCCAUCCAAAGCCGACGCACCGGACAGUGCUCCCGCCACUGUCAGCGUGACGGAGGUGGGCGAGUCAUCGUCUGCAGCCUCGAAGAAGAGGCGUCGCUACGCGCAGGCCGUCUUACCGUUCGGCACGCCACCAGCAAAACCGACUCCGCCGCCCGCUCCUGUCCAAGCUCCGAAGCGGGUCUCCCGUGAACUCACCGACGCCGAGAAGGCUGAGGAGAAAUUCUUGAAGGCGCAGCAGCUCUACAUCACGCAGUGGCUGCCGAAGUUCGACUGGCUGCUGCUGGACAAGAACGAAGAAGAGCUGCCCCGACUGCGAUGCAGCAUUUGCGUGGAGCACGGAAAGGACGAUGCGAAGUUCGGCCGAAACGGAACGGGGGGGCGCGAUCUGCAGCUCGGAUCGAUGCGAAGCCACGAGGUGAGCGGCCGCCACGAAGAAGCCAUGAAACGGCAGCGGACUUUGAUGGCGGAGAUUGAGAAGCAGAAGCGGAUUGACGACUUCGCCAACCACGACAAGGAGGGGGCGCGACUGACCCGGCUCAUGCGCGGCGUGCAGUUCAUCUGCGACCACGACGCACCAAUCGCCAUGUUCCCGAAGCUCAUUGGGUUCCUCGCGGAGGAGGGUGUCGAGGACAUCCCGCUUCAGUCGUACGGCGUGUACAUCACACAGUAA